GCUUCUCCUUUUGUUGUUUUUGUUGUUGUUGUUUGUGUUGUUAUUGUGUUACAUUCUGGAUCGUUCGGAGCCAGGAUCAUACGGUCGCGAGGACGUGGUUAGGGUUCGAGUCUUACCUUUUCUGCUGAGGAUUGGAGUGGUUUUUGAUCGUCAGCAUGGAUCUAGGUUCAGCGGCUUCGGCACACAUGGAUCAGAUGGCGUCCAUUGUGGAAGGCGUAAGCGAGUCGUUACGAAAACAAUGGGGCGAGUUCAAACAACAAGGAGGGUUUUGGGAUCCUAUUCUACGCUUCGUGCAUGCGGUGGACUGGACAGAGCCUUGGCUGGUUGGCUUGAUGGUGUUCCAUUUGAUACUUGUUGCUGUGGUGGUUGCAACUAGGAAGCGUAGUAACGUACAAGCAGUGUUGUUUAUGGCAAUGCUCUUGUCCGUGUUCUUCGCCGAACGGCUGAACACGCUCCUGCGCCGGCACUGGAAGAGUUUUGCGGGGCAGCCUUAUUUUGACUCUCAUGGCGUCUUUAUGUCGACUGUGUGGUCUGGGCCGAUGCUGCUAAUUUCUACUUUGAUACUCGUGAACAGCAUGGUGACGCUGACGCGGAUGUUGAUAAAAUGGAAGCGAGCUGAGCUUAAGCACAAAGCCCGCGUUGCACGCGAGAAGAAAGAAUGAUUGAUUGUACUUGAGAUUACGGUUUGUCUUUGUGCAAUACUUUUACAGAGUGCUUAACCCUAGAGAACCAGAAGGGAAUGAUGAUCCCCUUCUGCAAGACGAAUUGUUUUUAGACGGCUUCACAUUUUGAGACGUUACAGUAAAAAUUCAUUAGCCUCUUCGUGUCCGGUUAGGAUUUUCAGACAGAUCUUAGAUUUCAAGAAGUGAUGCAUGUAUUUGAUAGCUCUUCAAUUCGAGAUAUAUAACGGCCAAUUUGUCUUCAGGAAUCAUUA